UGUCUUUUGCAGCUGAUUGGUCAAUAACAGACCUCUUGGGCGUGGAUCAAUAGGCUGACAGUCCUAUAAAUACGCCAAGUAAGGAGCAAGACCUUCAUCUCACAGUUUUAAUCAGCAGUCAUGAGGUCUUUGGUGUUCCUGGUGCUCCUUGGAGCUGCCUUUGCUCUGGAUGAUGACAAGAUUGUUGGUGGAUAUGAGUGCACACCCCAUUCCCAGCCCUGGCAGGUGUCUCUGAACUCUGGCUACCACUUCUGUGGUGGCUCUCUGGUCAGCGAGUACUGGGUUGUGUCUGCUGCUCACUGCUACAAGUCACGUGUGGAGGUCCGUUUGGGCGAGCACAACAUCGUAGUUAAUGAGGGUCGUGAGCAGUUCAUCUCCUCUGAGAAGGUCAUCCGCCACCCCAAAUAUGACUCCUGGACAAUUGACAAUGACGUCAUGCUGAUCAAGCUUAGCAAGCCUGCUACCCUCAAUCAGUAUGUGCAGCCUGUGGCCCUGCCCAGUGGCUGUGCUGCCGCUGGCACCAUGUGCAGAGUCACUGGUUGGGGAAACACCAUGAGUUCCACUGCUGAUUCCAACAAGCUUCAGUGUGUGGAGGUCCCCAUCGUGUCCGACCGCGACUGUAACAACUCCUACCCUGGUAUGAUCAACAGAACCAUGUUCUGUGCUGGAUACCUGGAGGGAGGAAAGGACUCUUGUCAGGGUGACUCUGGUGGUCCUGUGGUGUGCAACGAUGUGCUGCAGGGUAUUGUAUCCUGGGGUUAUGGCUGUGCUGAGAAGAAUCAUCCUGGUGUCUAUGGCAAGGUCUGCAUGUUCAGCCAGUGGAUCGCCGACACCAUGAAUAGCAACUAAAUCUGAUACGUCAUCACAUACAACCUCCAAAUCUGCAAUCCAUCAGUUUUUCUUUGUUUUGGAGAUUAAAAACCUGUAAAAAAAUAAAAGCAUUUAAAAAUA